AUGCACGAGAUCAUCACCCUUCAGUUCGGUCAGGCUGCGAACUUUGUCGGUACUCAUUUUUGGAACGCACAGGAGACCUACUUCACCUAUGAUGGUCAGGAUGAAUCUUUGGUUGAUCAUGACGUGCACUGGAGAGGCGGAGAAGGAGCUCAUGGAGAGGAAACAUUUACACCGCGUGUGCUUAUAUAUGACUUGAGAGGUGGUUUCGGCUCUAUGAAGAAGAUCAAUGAAAUGUAUGAAGCAUAUGAAGAAAAAGACCCAUUAUCGCUAUGGGGCGGUCAACAGUCAUCAUAUAUUCACGAGCAAGUACCGAAAAAUCAAUAUCAACAACAUCUUGACUCGGGCGCUCCUGCAGAUUUGGAAAAGCAGCUUCUGUCGACGGAGACAGUCAAAGUAUGGUCCGACUUCAACCGGAUAUACUAUCAUCCACGCUCACUGAAACAACUAAACGGCUACGAUGCUGAUGGAGGAAUCGAUCCCUUCGACAGCUACCUCAAGGGCAAAGAACUCUAUGAGAAACUGGAGCACGACCACGGAGUUUUCGACUCAGAUUUCAGACCUCUCCUCGAAGAAGCUGAUCAACUCCAGGGUGUGAAUGUUCUCACAGGUACACGUGACGGCUGGGGCGGAUUCUCCGCAUCAUACCUCGAGAUUCUGAGAGACGAGAUGCCAAAAAUGACAAUUCACACCUACGGACUCGAGGGACCUGAAUCAAGUGAGGCGGAUAAGCACGACAUCAAGAAGCUCCAACCAGAAUACUCCUUUACGCAAGCUUUCAAUUCCAUCCAUGAGACAUCAACGCUCUAUACACCACUCACGCUGCCCCUCAGCACUCCUCGCCAUCUGAAUGGGUUCAACCUCCAAUCACAAUGGCAUACGUCAGCAUUGCUUGCUCUCGCAAUUGAGAACAUCACCCUACCUACACGUUUACGCAGA